AUGGCAAAAAUAAAAAAAGUUAAUGAGCCAGCAAAUUUACUUAAUCCUAGAACAAAAGAAUAUGAAUUUUUAGGUCCAAUUGGAGCAUUUUUAAUGAUAACAUUUUUACCUAUUCUAAUGUACAUAUUACAUUUAGGCUGUACAGUGGAUGGUUGUCCUUCACCAAAAUACAUUUCAAAAUUAAUCAAUUUAGAAUUUUUUAGUAAUGAUGAUAAUAAUGAUCAUGAAAAUUUUUAUUCAUUAUCAGACUUUUUUGAUUUUAAAAUAUUUAUAAUAUAUAAUUUGUAUUUGGUUUAUUUAGUGUUAUUGUGGUACAUUUUACCGGGGAAUUGGAUUGAGGGCGUUAGAUUGAGAAACAACAAAGUUUUAAAGUAUAAAGAGAAUGGAUUCAAAACUUUAAUUGUCACCUUUACAUUAUUAUUAAUUAGCUCUUAUUUUUGGGGAUAUGAAUUUUUAUUGAUAAUUAGUGAUAAAUAUAUACAGUUUAUGACAUCAUCAAUAAUAGUAUCAUUCAUGCUAUCAGUGUUUGUUUACAUUAACAGUUUUAGAAAUGAUAAAGAUUCAGUAUUAUUAUCAUUAGGUGGCAACUCUGGAAAUAUAAUUUAUGAUUUUAUGAUUGGUAGAGAACUGAAUCCAAGAAUCCAAGAUUUUGAUAUAAAAUGUUUUGUAGAGCUGAGACCAGGAUUGAUUUGUUGGCUGUUGGUAAAUAUUUCAAUGGCACUAAAACAAUAUGAUGAAUUGGGAACGCUGACAUUUGGGAUGUUGUUUAUUUUGAUUUUUCAAGGAUGGUAUUGUGUUGAUUCAUUGUACAACGAGGCAAAUGUUCUUACAACAAUGGAUAUUACAACUGAUGGAUUUGGUUGGAUGUUGGCAUUUGGAAAUCUGAGUUGGUUGUCUUUCUUGUACCCGUUACAAUCUCGUUACAUCUCUUUACAUCCAAAAGAUUUGUCAAUAUUUGAAAUUGUCCUUGUUAUGACACUUCAGCUUAUUGGCUACUCAAUAUUUCGAGGUGCUAAUAAUGAAAAAGAUUUGUUUAGGAAAAAUCCAGAUGAUGAAUACGUUAAAUCUGGAUCUAAGUUAAUAAUCUCUGGUUGGUGGGGAAUCUCUAGACACAUAAAUUAUUUAGGUGAUUGGUUAAUGGCUUGGGCUUGGUGCUUAACUUGUGGAUAUGAUGAUAUUUUUCCAUAUUUUUAUGUGGUGUAUUUUGGUGUAUUACUUAUUCAUAGAGAAUUGAGAGACGAAGAAAAAUGCAGAAAAAAGUAUAAAAAAGAUUGGGAUAAAUAUUGUGAAAUUGUUAGAUGGAGAAUUAUACCUGUUUCAAUUAGUUUUUUAUCCAUAAAAAAUAUUACAACGCUGACUGAUUGGUAA